GAGUGAGGCGUUUACGCCAACGAGUCACGGAUUUGAUAACCGUGGUCGCCCGAGUUCACAGAUGAGUGAACCUUUGAGUCUCUGCAUUCUGAGACCGAAGCCUGAGCCUACAGAAAUGCAAUCGUCAAUGGUAUCUCCGGACGGGGAACGAAUUGAUACGCCUUUAUGUCCUCCGGAAAAGGACUCAGGGGAUUCCAGAUCACUUGAAACUGGACAGUAUGACUCUGUGAACCCAUUGGAAGCACGUUGCGGAUUGACGCUUGAUGUGGUGCCGGUACCACUUCCCUUCCAACAAGAUGACAGACCGAAUGUCUGCUACCUCUGUGGUACUUCAUUUACUCGAGCUGCUACUCUACGAAGACAUCUUCGUUUUCUUCAUUCGAAUCAACGAACCCACACGUGUAAGUACUGCAUGCAGUCUUUUUCCGAAAAGUUUCCUCUCCAAGUUCACGUAGCCUCCGUCCACUUGAAUGAAAAUCCGAAUAUCUGCAGCUUCUGUGGCAAAUUACUUUCGCGAUCUGAUGCUCUCCGAAAACACAUCCGCGUUGUUCAUUCGGUACAACCAGCCAAUACAUGCGAUUACUGCGGGAAAUAUUAUAACCAACAUGCUUCUCUGAAAGCUCACGUGCUCUCCGUUCACUUGAAUCAACCAGCAUACGUGUGCGAGUAUUGCAAGAAAUCUUUUUCCCAAAAUGUUUCUCUCCAAUCUCACAUAACCUCCGUCCACUUGAAACAGCGAAAUCACAAGUGCGAAUUAUGUGGAAAGACAUUUUCUUUAAGGACAUGUCUCCGGACGCACAUAAAACUGGUUCACUUAAAGGAGAGACCCCAUAGAUGCAGUCGUUGCGACAAGCGUUUCUUUGACCGGGCUUCGUUGAAAAGACACGUUGAAGUAGUACAUUUGAAUCAACGCCCUCAUAAAUGCGAUCGUUGUAAUCAAUCGUUCACUUUGCUGUGUACUUUGAAGAGGCAUAUCCGGAUAGUACAUUUGAAAGAGAAACUCUACAGCUGUAUUCAUUGUGGCAAACGCUUCGCUUGGCAGAGUUGUUUGCGAGUCCACAUUGACGCAGUACAUCUGAACCACCGCCCUCAUAAAUGCGAUCGCUGCAAUCAAACGUUCACGUUACGGUACACUUUGAAAUUGCACGUCCGAACUGUGCAUUUGAAAGAACGUCCCCACACAUGUGAACGGUGUGGUAAAUCGUUUGGUCACCUCACCUAUCUUCGAAUGCAUCUCAGAGCUGUUCAUUUGGCGCAACGCCCAUAUACGUGCGAACAGUGUGGUCGAUCAUUUGCCGGAAGGUGCGGUAUGCAGAGGCACAUCAAAUCUAUUCAUUCGAAACUUCGCCCCCACAAAUGUGAACGAUGUGGCAAGUCGUUUACCCGACGCUCCUACUUACGAAUUCAUCUCAGAGCUAUUCACUUGAAGAAAUCGGAAGACGGAGACUAA